CUCUCAACUACUUGGGGAGAGUUUCUAAACGAAACCUCAUUGCACGGCUGUAAGAAUAUCGUUACUAAGCAGCAUGGACCGGUGAAAAGAACUCUGUGGUUUUUAUGUUUAGGGAUAAUGGUUGGAACCCUGACGUACACGACUUGUACCUUCUAUAUGAAAUAUAUGGAAUAUGACUUUAAGACCAAAGCAAGUGUGAGGUAUCAACGUAAACUGGAAUUCCCGGCUGUCACAAUCUGCAACUUGCACCCGCUAGACGAAAAUGACUUUAAUAAAUCGGAUCCUAUAUUAUUUGAUCGGGAAAACCUCAAUAAAUCGGAUCCUCUAUUGCUUGAUGGAGAAAACAUUGAUAAAUUGAAUCCGCUAUUGUUGGAAUAUUUAGAACAAUUGUUGUCGUCUCCACCAACGCUUAAUGCAUCUGAUUCGAAAUGGGAACUGUUCAGACCAAAAGUGAGUGAUUUAAAUAAGUUGGGAUUUAGGUUCGAUGAUAUGAUUUUGGAGGUAUAUCUAAAUGGACAAUUACUGCUAAAACCAGAAUCACAAUUCUCGGUCAGUUUCAGGGGACCCAUUGAAAAAUGUUUCACUUUUAACGAUAGAUACUAUAAUGAGACACAUCACCACAAACCGCUGAUGUUUCAAGCCAACGAUAUUAUGGCAUUAGUUCUGGAUACAAAACAAGACAGGUAUGCUUUUGCCUCUUUAACAGCUGGCGUUCGCCUUAUAUUGCAUCGUCCUGAUGAACCAUUCCAUACUCUCUCCCCAUCCAUCAGACUUUCUCCAGGAUAUUAUCACCAGAUUAAAGUCUCUGAAAAGCGUUAUAAAUAUUUAAGCAGUCCGUACAAUUCUUACCAGAACCAGGAUUGUCUACAUGUCGACAAGCCACACCAAGGAUUCGGCGAAUAUCGUCCUCCGUACUCGCAUGCUAGUUGUGUUAUUCAUUGUUUGACUAAUCGUACCCAGUCGCUGUGUGGGUGUAUUAUAGAAUCACUCCAUCAUGAUAACUCAAGUGUAUUCUGUACUGUUGCUAAAAGACAUUCUUGUGCACUGGACAUUUGGGACUCAUACUUUAAUAAUGCGUCUUCUGAUUUCAGUGACUGUAUAAAGCCGUGUUUGGAAAUCAAAUAUGAUUAUGAACUUUCUUCCGUACUGUUUAGACCUCGUAAACUGUUAACUUCCAUCACGGAUUACAGCAGCUUAAUCUAUGUUACAAUUUCUUUUAAGGACACGGCGGUGACUACCACGAGUCAUGAACCUGAGUUCGACUUUGGGGAUAUUAUCAGUCAGCUUGGGGGUUACAUGGGUUUCUGUGUUGGAGCUAGUGUAUUAACAUUGGUAGAACUAAUUGAGGCUGUUUUGAAGAGUCUGAAGGCGGCCAGGCUGCACCGAUAUCUUUUAGUGAACAUGUCGAAAGAAACAAAGCCAAAUCCUGUGUGAAAACCACAAAAAUGAUAGCAUUUGAGUGUGGCAGUCCUGCUAAUCACCGGCAAGAACCGACACGAACGUAUAUCCUUAUAUCCUUAAAUUUGUCAAUAGCGCCAAAAAUAUUGCAAAAACGUGACCGGCAAGGAAAGGUGGGUUAUGGAUAUGAAUCUGGUCGAUGAUUAGAAGAACCGGAAAAUAGUGCACGUUAUAAUGGUUAGUGCUAAAUGAUAAGGCCAGCUCAAUUUUUCGUCAUAGGUCACGAGAUGUAAACAGGGCUAGCGCUAAUCCUAACCCUAACCCUGGAUCUAGCUCUAAUGCUUACCUAACCCUUACCUACAAUUUCGCCAAAACAGUCACGUGCCCUAACAUAAUCUAGUGUUGGAGCGUCGAAAACGUGUGUGUCAUUGUUCCAGCUUAAAGAUGUUUUAAUACCAUACUCACCAAGAAAAUAACUGUAACAUCAUUGUCAAAGUAAUGUUUGUA